CACUUAAUCAUUCCAGUUUGGCAACUUCACCUGUAGGGUUGUUUUAAUCAACUGGCCGGCAGUCCCCAAAUCACUCCUGGAAUGCAGCGGUGGAGGCAGCGGGGUGCUGAGGGGAGAGGGAUGCCUGACACGCGGGACCAACGCCUGCCCUGCACUUAGGCCUCUUCCGGCCAGUGCUGCCCAGGGCGGCUCUGACCCGCGGACCAGCCAGGGCCCGAUCCCAGGAGGUCCUCCUCCCGACGGGCUGCCGACCUCAGCUCCGGCCUGUAGAGAAAUAUGGAAGAUCGCAGAACCGGCAUGGAUCCUGGCAGCGAUCAACCCCUGAACAGCUUUGAUGUCACCCCUCUGCGCAAACCCCGCACUCCCCUGGAGACCUUCAAAAAGGUGGGAGUCCCCAUCAUCGCAGCACUGCUGAGCCUGGCGACCAUCAUCAUCACGGCUGUCCUCAUCAAGGUGAUUCUGGACAAAUACUACUUCCUGUGCGGGCAGCCUCUCCACUUCAUCCCGAGGAAGCAGGUGUGUGACGGCCAGCAGGACUGUGCCUCAGGGGAGGAUGAGCAGCUCUGUGUCAAGAACUUCCCCGAUGGGUCCCCGGUGACAGUCCGCCUCUCCAGGGACCGAUCCACCCUGCAGGUGCUAGACCCGGCCACAAGAAGCUGGGUCUCUGCCUGUUUCGACAACUUCACAGAAGCUCUGGCCAAGAUAGCCUGUGGGCAGAUGGGCUAUGACAGCAAACCCGCCUUCAAAGCUGUGGGGAUUGGCCCAGACCAAGAUCUGGAUGUUGUUGGAAUCACAGAGAACAGCCAGGAGCUUCAGGUGCGAAACCUAAGUGGGCCCUGUCUCUCAGGCUCCCUGGUCUCCUUGCGCUGUCUUGCCUGCGGGGAGAGCCUGAAGUCCCCUCGGGUGGUGGGCGGGGAGGCGGCCUCUGUGGAUUCUUGGCCUUGGCAGGUCAGCAUCCAGUACAACAAACAACACAUCUGUGGAGGGAGCAUCCUGGACCCCCACUGGAUCCUCACCGCAGCCCACUGCUUCAGGAAGCAUCUCGAUGUACCCAACUGGAAGGUGAGGGCUGGCUCGGACAAACUGGGCAACUUCCCAUCCCUGCCUGUGGCCAACAUCUUCGUCAUUGAGCUCAACACCACGUACCCCAAAGAGAAGGACAUUGCCCUCGUGAAGCUGCAAUUCCCGCUCACGUUCUCCGGCACAGUCAGGCCCAUCUGCCUGCCCUUCUUUGAUGAGGAGCUCCCUCCAGCCACCCCACUCUGGGUCAUUGGAUGGGGCUUUACGGAGCAGGAUGGAGGAAAGAUGUCUGACACGUUGCUGCAGGCGUCAGUGCAGGUAAUUGACCACACUCGGUGCAACGCAGAGGACGCCUACCAGGGGGAGGUGACCGAGAAGAUGCUGUGCGCAGGCAUCCUGGAGGGCGGCGUGGACACCUGCCAGGGUGACAGCGGUGGGCCCCUGAUGUAUCACUCUGACCUGUGGCAAGUGGUGGGCAUCGUGAGCUGGGGCCAUGGCUGUGGGGGUCCAAGUACCCCGGGAGUAUACACCAAGGUCACCAGCUAUCUCGACUGGAUCUACAGUGUCCGGAAGUCUACACUAUGAUGCUUCCGCCCCUCCGUACUGCUGGGAGCUCCUUCCCCCCUGUCCUGCCUCCCUGGGGAUCCCCCAGAAGUCAGACGGAGCAAGAGCCCCCUCGGGCGCACCUCUCUGCCCGCAGCCUCAGCAUUUCUUGGUGCAGCAAAGGGCCUCCAUUCCUGUCAAAGACCUCACAGGCCACAGGCCCCCAGAAGAAAGUCAGCAGCCCCAGCCCGGCCACCCCUGGGGCUCCAGGCACCCCAAGGAGAAAGACUGAACAGGCCAGCCUUCCUGCCAAGGUCUCAGAAGGCAUUGCUAAGCCAAGAAAUUUUCCUCCUCUACUGAACGGAAGUAGGCACUCUGGUGAGAGCCCAGAUCACCAAGGGCGGCAGCGGAAGGAGGAGAGGUCUGAGCCAGCCCUCCCCUCCUCCACCCAUCCCCAAGCACACUCAGAGCAAGAAACCAAACGUAACAUAGGAUGCACUGUCCUGCUGUUGACACAACUAAUGUUACUGUUGUCAUUGUUAGCCCCGUGGCUGCUGCUAUUCAAAAGGCCUGCGAAGCCUUUGACACAGGCUGACUGGGCUGCGUGGUAAGAACUGAGCGAGGACUACUACACCCCUACUGCAUCAUGCUUGGGCCUGGGCAGGGAAAGGUCCUGGGGAGCCCAAUGAUUCUCGAAGAAGGAGAAAGGAGACCCAAGACUGGAGCUGCUGAGCGAGGGCAACAGUGAACUUGCGGACUGGGGAAGCCAGGGUGAGCACGGCUCCUUCCCACACAAGGCCGUCUCCCACUGCCCUCCUCCCGGUUCUCCUGCCUGCCCUACCAGCCAUGGGCCAGAGAUAACAUCUAGGAUUUGGGAGGGAGGUAAUUUAGGCAUUCAAGGCUGAAGUCAAUCAUGGCUCCCCCAGUGGCUGCAAAGAGGUACUGCACCUCUGAGUCCUGCCUGGAGAGCCCAGGGCGUGGUUGCUUGCUUCCUUUAAAGAAAAGACAUUUAUCACCUGCAAAGUCUGAGAUGGUGCCCAAGUGGGUUUCUGGGGACAUAAGCAUGACCAUAAGCACUCAAAUGGUCACAGAACUAAGCCCCAUGGACUUCUCGGGCCACUGUGUGGAGGCCCAGGCGUUCUGAGGACCCUCUCGGUCGGAUCGUAGAGAAAUACACUUGCUGAUGCUUUACUAGGCUCUCAGGAAUAAUAAAAAUCUUCAAAGGCAAAUAAAUACAUAAAUAAACCAA